UCGGAGCUCGAACAUCGAGCAUCGAGCGCCGAUCGCAGCGCCGCCGUUGAGGAAUGCCGCAAGCUCAUUCUAAUGUGCCAAGAGAAAAGUGGAAGUCGGACAGUGUUUGGUGCCGGAGCUAAUUUCGCGGAAAACCGGACCUAACCCGGAACAAUCAUCGCUAAAACUGAAAAUCAACGAAUGAAAAGUGUAACAAAACUAAACAAAGAACGAUCGAACCAACAAAAGUAACUAACACGAAUGUAAAGAACAAACCAAGUGAACCAACAUCGACCAAGUGCUUCAAGAUAAGAAGUGUGAGUGUGUGUUUAUGAGUGCGUAAGAUCGGUCAAGUGAAUGCUCGUAGUGCGUCACCAUGUCCCAUCAACACGGCGUAAGAUACUCGCAGUAUUCGUCCUCCGGGGCAGGUCCCCAGACGAGUAGCGGCAGCAGCAGCAGUGGCAGUUGCAAGGCAGGACCGUCUGCAACUCCACCGCAGAUUCCGCCACCUCCGGCGAUACGUCCAGCGAUGCUGGUAACGUCGUCCGGCUGUUCGAUGCUUCCGCCGCCACCGGUUCCAGUGCAGACCAGUUCGCAGCAAGCGCAACAGCAGUGCCAGACGACGCAGACCUCUUCGGGAAGUUCCAAGAACUGGGGCAUGAGCGGCAGCCUGUCCGGGUCGGACACGGACGUGUCCACUUCCACGGAAAACCUGACGCGUGAGGAACGGUACGUGCUGCGACACGCCCGAGUGGAACCCCAGGGUGAGGAGAACAUGCAGGGAAGCGUCACGCCGGUCAACGAGGUCCAAGGUCGGUACGACAAGUUCUCGGCCAACACGUCAACGGACUCGACGCGGUACGCAACGCCAAACAGCAGUCGAAGCAUCUCGGAAACUCGGCAUACGUACGCCAAUACCGGGAACGACGGCUCGAACCGUAACUCGCUCAUCGGGACCAACUCCAACCGGAACUCCCUCAAGGAACCCAACUCGAACCGAUCCUCGAUGGACGUUUCCCAGUCGUCGUACAACACGCUGAUCAUCCACGACGAAGGAAUCUACUCGAUGAACCGUGAGUACUCGAGCCCACCACCGUACAUGAAGAAGGAGCGGCCACGAUCCUACGGAGAGUCACAACCAACGCCGAUGCAAGAAAUUGCCGAAAUCCCCGAAGAGUACCUGAACCAGAGUCAAGUGCUCAAGCAUUUGGCCAAAGAGGUGAAGCUGCCGACCAGGAACCGAAGUGACUCCACGACGCGCGACUCGGGCGUCUCGGAAAACACGGACUCUCGGGAUCCACCCAAGUACGGACAGCACUGGGUUGACCAGAGCGCAUCCACCGACGAAUCAACCGUCUCGCAAGCGAACGCCAAACUGAAGAGCAAGAGCCAACCGGACCUGACUCGACUCGUCGACAUCGACGCGGAAGAGCUGGAAGCACUGUUCAAGGAGAACCAACAUCUGAAACAUCAACUCAACAGUUGCUUCCUGAAGGUCGCCAAAAGUCAGAAGCUCGAACAGGAGAUCGCCAACAUCUACCGGGUGCACGAGGAGCUGGUGCAGUCGUGCGAGCGACGCGAACGGCUGGAGAAAGCUGCCCGGAGCCGGCUUCAGCAAGACUGCCGACGGUUGCAGGAACUGAACCGAGCCUUCCGCGACCAAGUUGAGGUGCUGCAGAACCAACUGCUGACCUCGUCCGAUCACCAGCUGGGCCGUACGCAGCAGGACGUUCUCAUCUCGCAACUGGUGACGCAAAACAAAUCACUAGUGGACGCUAACCGGCGUCAGUGCAUCGAACUGCAGGCCCAGAACGCCACCCUGGAGGAGCAACGGAUCCACAUCAACGUGCUCGAUACGGCACUCAAGCGGCUAGAAGAGGAGUGCCGCCAGAAGCAGGUGUACGUGGAACGAUGUGCCCAGCUACAGCACGCGCUCCAGUCCCUGCAGAACGCCAGCGAACGGCGUGAGCAAGCCGAACGGAAGCUCCGGCUUGAUUACGAGAACGAGCUGCCGAACCGAAGCGGCAGCAGCACAACCAGCGAAACCGACAACCUCAAGUGGCAGCUGCGCGAGAAGGACGCACAGAUUAUGAGAUUGGAAGCAGAGUGCGGGAAGCUGGAGCAGCGCAACCUGGAGGAGUCGAACGUGCGCAACGUCGCCAAGCUGGCGAUGGAGCGAAACUCGCAGGAAACGGAACGCAUCAUUGCCGAGGCGAAGCAGGAGAAGAUUCGCUAUCUGGACGAGGCGCACUCGGCGAACCGCAAGGUAACGGAGCUGCAAACCCGGCUCAAGCUGGUGGAGAACCGGCUUGCGGAAAAAGAAGCCAUGAUACGGGCGUAUCAGGGACAGAAGAUUUACGGCUCGACAAACUCCUACGGAUCGUACAACCUAUCUAGCGAUAGCUUCGCACUGAAUCCACUGGGAGCGUACAACUCGCAAGUUUCGUACGACGUGUCGAGCAACUCGUAUGACGUGACCACGUCGGCAUCGCUGCUCGAUCCGACGUACGGUCAGAACGCGUCCUCCAGCUACGCGUCCAACUACGGCCAAACGAACCCGAGCUUCAACCAGAGCGCAAUCAACCUGCAGACGGCCGGUAGCAACAGCUACAGCUCGCCGAGCAGCAGCUCGAACUACAGCACGAACUACGGAGCGAGCGAGCACACCGCAAUCUACGACUCGAAGAACUUUGACGCCCAGCGCAAGUCCAUCGACGAUCAGCUCAAGCAGCUGGACGAGCAGCUGCUCAGCAAGCGAGGAUUGUGCUGUUUUCCGAGCCUAACAACGAAGAAACCGAUCCAGCCCCUUCUCUCGGACGAGAUGUCCGUUCUGUCGACCAACAACAGCGAUAGCUUCCUGCAGAAUCUUGCUCACAUCGAUCAGCGUGAUCGCGAGAGACAAGAUCGCCGCGAGCAGGACGAAUCCGGUGGUCAGUCCGGUGGAGCGGGUUCCGGCAGUGGUAGCGGUGGCGGUGGUUCCACCAAGCCCGAGGACAUGCUGCUGCUGGAGAAGCAGGGCCGCUGCUCGCAGAAGCUGCGCAGCAACCAGCUGAGCAAUCUGGCCCACGUGACGCAGACGGUCGGCCAGAACAUGACCGACAUCAGCAACAUCGGGGGGAAUAAGAUCCCCAAAAUGCUGUCCAACAUGGGCGGCAAUCAACAACAGCCAGGCCCACCCACCGCCGGUCAACCUCUGCCCCCUCGCAAGGACCAUCGUGGCUCCUCACUGCCGCCAAGUGCACUGCCCCGACCUCCACGCAGCUUGAAACCCCCGCGGAAGAUCGAGUACGGCCGGUUGAGCGAUUCCGAGGGCAAGAAGCGAGCCGAGACCCCACCCGGGACUCCCGGAUCGCCGAUGGACGCACAAAAGGAGUUCGAGAUGAAGACUUCCAGCUUGAAGCGGGGUGGGUUUGGGAAGGGCCGGGAGUUCUCGCCGGGGAAGAGCUAUGUGGACAUGAAGGACGCCGCGAUGCACUUGGCAAAAGAUUAUGGGGGUACGCUGAAGAGCAAGAACUACGGAUCGCUGGGGAACACUUCUUCGCUUAGUGGGGGAGGAUCGCCGACGAAGAGUGACGGGAAGUUCGGGUUCGGUGGUGGGAUGAAGUCUUCCGGGCUGGCGGCCAAUAGCUGCGAGUUCUCCAAGCCGGACUACACUUCGACCAAGAACUACCAGCGGUUAGAGGAGCAAGGUCCGUCCAGUCGGAAGAACUCCACGGACAACAUGAAGCGAUCGCUACUGCCGAACGUCCGGAAGCUCAGUUCCGGCGGUGCUCCCAUCAUGAUCAAGGGUUCCCGCGAUUCGCUAAACUCCGCCUCAAGCGGAUCGAACAAUUCCAACAACCGAACCAGCCCCAUGCAUCCGGCCUCUUCUCAGCAGGCUCUUCACCAACAGCUCGGCGGCGGCGGCGGCUACCAUCACCACAACCAUCUGCACCACGGUCGAACUCCACCCCGGUUCAUCCACCACCAGCAGUCAACGUCGGCCGAGUCCAGCAAGUCCUCGAGCAAUCUCCCGUCGCCAACGACCCCCACCGGCGGAAACCUGCCCCAGCCCUUCUUCAACAGCAAAAUGGCGCCCAAACCUCAGCACAAACCGAGCACCCUGCCCAGCGCAAGCAUUCUGCACGCGGCCGUCACGGCGUCCGCCACGUCGGCCAUUGGGCAGCAAACGACGGCGUCACUUCCGCCAAAGCCGGGCCAGCAGCAGCAGCUGCAACAGCCACAGCAGCAACGGCGGGGUAGCAGCUUGACGCGUGGCGAGAACAAGUAUCGAAUACAGUUUUGAAACUAUUUUUUUUGUACGAUUAUAAAUUAGGUGUACUCUCUCUCUUUUCUAUGUAAUUCUUCUUCUUCUUCGUGGUAUAGCUUGGACUGUGUUAGGGCUCUUAGUAUUUGAGAAGAAAACCUGGGAAAAUUCAAAUUUGUACACAUUGGUGCGCUCUGGGUAGUAGAAAUUUGUCUUAGUUAGACGUAUUUUUUGGUUCAAAAUUUAUUUUCUAUUGAAACAAGCCUUUAGUGGGAGCAAAACGAUCAGAAAUAUAUAAAAUAUUAAAUAAAAAAGUGAUGG